AUGGCUGAAGUACCUUUUAAAUGUAUCGAGUGUAAUAAGGAAGCAUACGAACUUCACCGGGACUAUAGCAACGGGAUUUUGAAGAUCACUAUAUGCGAAUCAUGCAAAAAAACGGUGGACAAAUAUAUCGAAUACGAUCCCGUUAUUAUCCUGAUUGACGCCAUUCUGUGUAAAAUCCAAGCGUUCAGACACAUUCUCUUCAACACAAAAAUCAAUAUCCACUGGAAGCUGUGUGUGUUUUGCCUGCUGUGUGAGGCAUAUUUGCGCUGGUCUCAGCUCCAGGGUGGGGAGCAGAGCAGUGACCCUGCAGACAUCAUCAGAUACACUAAAGAAUGGGACUUCUACAGCAUGUUUGGACUCGCAGCCAUGGAGCUGGGCGUGUUCUGUGCAAGCGUGCUGGCGUUCCUGUGGCUUAGGGAACGGUUACGGGGGGAGGAGCUCCAGUUGUGUUUGUUACUGAAGGCUCUCCUGCUGUCCAGUUAUGGGAAGGUUCUCCUGAUCCCGGCCGUUAUCUGGGAGCACGACUACUCCCCUCUGUGCUUCAAACUAAUCCGUUUGUUUGUCCUUACCUCCAACACUCAGGCCAUACGAGUGAUUCUGAACUGUAGUCGAAGACUGUCCCUCCUGGCUGUGAUCAUUGGCCUGGUAUUGGAAACCGGAGUCACUUACAUUUCACAGCAGCUACACUGGACCUCGUAG